AGAUGAAAAUAAUACUAACUACGGAUUAGUUAAAAGAUUUAACAUCAGCAAAGGAAGUAGAAUAAUAGAUUUAAUGGGACGUCUUCAUAUCGAUUUAGCGAACCAGCCUAAGCUUCUAACGAACAAUGUAGACCUAAGAAUUAAAUUGGAGAGAUCUAAAGAAAAUUUUGCGCUAAUGGCGGAUAACGACGACUAUAAAAUUAUUAUUAAAAACGCCUCGCUAAAAAUUAAUAAAGUAGACGUUAGUUCGUCAAUACAGAUAGGAAUUGAAAAAGCGCUCCAAACCGGUAUAAUUAAAUUACCGUUCCGUAGGACAGAUGUUAAAGUCUUUACAUUAACUAGCGGGAUUCAGACUACAAGUAUAUCAAACGUUGUUAUCGGUCAACUACCUUAUAGAAUAACUCUCGAAUUAGUUUCUAAUUCUGCAUUUAAUGGAAAUGUGAAGCGUAAUCCUUUUAAUUUUAAAAAUUAUGAUUUAAAUUAUAUAUGUUUAUCAAAAGACAAUCAAAUGAUUCCUUCUAAACCCUAUACUCCGGAUUAUACCAAUAAAAUUUAUGCAAGAAAUUUUAUCUCGUUAUUUGAAGAUACCGGAUGUAUUCAUCAUCAUAAAUCUAUAAAUAUAUCGUACGACAAGUACCGAGACGGUUAUACUUUAUAUUGUUUCGAUCUUACCCCCGAUAAAUCAGGCUCUGAGAAUCACGUUAGUGUUAACGAGCUGGGAAACAUUUCUGUGGAAUUAAAGUUUUUGAAGGUGAUACCGGAAACCAUAAACGUUAUUUGUUUGUUAGAAUAUAAUAAUACCUUAGAAAUCGAUUAUUCACGAACCGUAUUCGUCGAUUAUUAAUGAAUAUCCUUACGUUGUGGAGAUUAGCAGCGAGCGAUCCGAAAAUAAAAAGAAAUUUUGGAGGAGUUUUUGCAUCUGACAAUCUUCCAUUUUGAGUUGGUAAUAAACAAUCUUUUAUAAUUAAUUUAGAUGAAAAAAAUAAGCCUGGAAGUCAUUGGGUAUCGGUAUUUUUUACGAAAGAUAAAAAUUCUUGCAUUUAUUAUGAUAGUUAUGGAUUAAAACCGAGGAAAGCGAGUAUCAUCAGAUUUAUAAAACGAAAUUCAAAAAAAUAUUGUUGGAAUAAUAUUAUUCAUCAAAGUUUGUUUUCCUUAAACUGUGGUUAUUUCUGCUUAUAUUUUUUAUAUAAAAUUAAUAGAAAUCUAUGUUUAUCAGAACUGCAUGUAACAGAUAAAUUUUAUAACGAUGAAUUUGUUAAAAAUUUUGUUAAAAAUAAUUUUCAUUUAUCAAAACCGAUUGUAAUAACCAAUAACCAGUGUUGUAAUUCAAUAAAAUAAAAUCUAUUUAAAAUAUGAAAAUUGUGUUUUUUAUUCACAAAACUUACUAUUCAUUUUUCUGCUAUCCGAACCUCUGGCAGUAUUUAUACUGAUACAGGAUUUUCCUUAAUAAACAAGUUAUGCAUUCACCCUGACCCACAAAAAUAGGUAACCGGAUUUUUCCAAUUCGACUUGACAGGACAUGUUACAGAUUUUCCUAUUCGACUUGACAGGACAUGUUACGGGAUUAGGUUA